UGCCCACACCUCAACUGAACUCGCGACUCGCACCCAUCACGCGCACGCUCCUCUCCUACCCAUGCCGACCCAAACGCGAACGCCGCAAUCACCACUGUCGCCGCCGCCGGCGACAGCGUCGUCCCCGGCUGCUCACCGUGGCCACCACACCUUGUCCUCCUCCUCGUCGUCAUCAUCCUCGUCCCUCUUAACGGUCUCCUCGGCAGCCUCCUCGCCGUCGCCCUCCCCUCGCAGCCGCGGCACAACUAGCCGCAGCACCACGUCCGUGCCCUUCUCCUGGGAGCACCACCCGGGCAUCCCUAAGACCCGCUUCCCCGCCGACGCGGCCUCCCCGCCCACGCCGCUCCCGCUCCCGCCGCCCCUCCGCGCGCCGCCCUCUGGCCACCGCGGAGACCGCCGACGCGCCAGCCCGCCGGAUGCCGCCGACCCCUUCGCCGCGGCCCUCGCCGAGUGCACCAGGGAUCGCUCCUCGGCAGGAGCGGACGCUGGGCUCAUGGGCAGCCUCUUCCCCGCCCCGGCGUCGGCGUCCAGCCGCCGGUGGUCCAUCGCCGCCGCCGGCGGGGUCGUCGGGUUCCUCGACCUAUACGGGUGCAAGAGCGCCAUGGCCGUCGCGGAGGGCGCCUUCAUCGUGCGCCGGCCUGUGGCGGUGGCCCGUCCCGGACCUGGACGAGCGGGCCAGGGCCGACCUGGCCGGGCUGGACGUCGGUGAGGGCCCUCAAGCGUCGCAUCAAGACUGGACACAGCACAAUUAGGUACAUAAAUAAUUGGUGUGCAAGCAAAAUGUGUUGGAUCGAAAACAAAGUCCAACCUUUCUUUCUGUACUAUGAAAUGAUUCGUGCUUUUUAGGGAAUGUGAUUGAUACCUAUAAAUAUGCCUGUCAUGGUGUAUUGCAGUAGCAGAGAGAUUAGCGACUUUUCUUUCACGGUCCUAGUUAGAUUUAUUUUGAUGUUUUUAUCUCUGAAGACUUUGUACUUUUCUUACUCUAUUAAUAUAAA